AAUAACACAAAUUCGAUCGACUUAGCGACAUUGAUACAUGAUCAUGCUGUCCAGCAUGUUUCUUAAAAUUGGUUUGGUUUUUGCAAUUUUGCCGGGCUUUUUGCUAACAGAAGAUGCCGGUACUCUCUCUAGAACAAAGAGACAAGACGAUUUCCAAGUUGACGGUUUCUUUGAAACUUUUGGCUAUAUGGAUGUCCCUACAAGUUCCCAAGGCGGCCAUGAUGCAGCCGACAGAGAACGAGCAGUCAGAGAAUUUCAGAAAAUGACUGGAAUACCAAUAACUGGUAAAGUAGACAAGGAAACAGUUACUAAGAUGAAAUCACCAAGAUGCGGAUUUCAGGAUGUACUAAGACCAAGCCAAAGACCUGGUGAAAUUAAUACAAAUCCAAAGGAUGUACAGCUGAAACCACUUUCCAAUGUUUUCAAAUGGCCAAAAAAUCAGGUGACAUGGAAAGUUAUGGGAUAUACAAGACAGCUUGGAGGUGCUUCUCAAAGAAGUUCAUUUAUAAAUGCAUUUAAAAAGUGGUCAGAUGUGGCUAACAUCAAUAUCCGGGAAGUUGGUGGUGGCGACGCAGAUAUUUUAAUCGAUUACAAACGCAGAGAUCAUUACGAUGGUAGUCCAUUUGACGGAAAGGGUCGGACACUUGCGCAUGCUUUCUUUCCUGGGUCACAUGACAUUUCAGGUGAUACACAUUUUGACGAUGACGAACAGUGGACACUUGGUACAAAGGAAGGUACAAAUUUGGAAAUUGUAGCUGCUCACGAGUUUGGACACGCCCUUGGUCUAGGUCAUUCUUCUAAUUCAAAAGCUUUGAUGGCACCAUAUUACCAAGGAUAUGACCCAGACUACAAACUACUGUAUGACGACAUCUAUAGAAUGCAAUCACUAUAUGGUGGAAGAGCUGCUACGAGACCUACAUCUCGUCCACGUGUGACAACGAGAAGACCAAGGGUUACAACAAAACGACCCUCUACGAAACCAAGUAUCUGUGAUCUGAAAUUCGACUCCAUGUUUAUGAAUGGUGAUGAUCGUCGAAUUUACGCCUUCCGAUAUAGAAAAAUCUAUCAAUUUGAGAGUGACCAAAAUGGCAUAGAAAAGAGCUUUACCAAAGUUUCAAGGAAAGUAUUAACCCCAAGAGUACCUAUCAAUACAGGAGCUGCAGUCGUAGACAGGUACAAAAGACUGUAUGUAUUCAAAGGAACCAAGUUAUUUCGAUACACAAGAUUUCGACUAGAUGCUGGUUUUCCAAAGAGGAUAACCAUUCCAUUUUUCCAGAAUGUAGAUGCAGCUCUCGAAUAUAAUAAUGUCAUCUACGUCUUUAAGGAUGAUAAAUUUAGUAUCUGGCACGAGAACUACAGCCGAAGCCCACCUUCUGGAUAUCCAAAACCAAUAAGUAGCUACUGGAAAGGCAUACCAAACAAUGUUGAAGCAGCUUUAAAUAUCAAUGAUGGAUAUACAUACUUCUUCAAGGGAACAAAAUAUUUUAAAUACAACAAUAGAUACCAGAGGACAGAAUAUCGAAAGGAUAAAGCACCGGCAUGGCUUGGAUGUGGAAGAGCUGUUCCGAAAUAACUUAUUAGAAAGCAUGUUCGAAAACAUGUUGACUUUACUGUAUUGCAUCAAUGCUUUAACUAUUUAAACGAAUUACCUCUGUUAGCAUGUUGCGCCAACGCCAGAAAAUGACAUUUUGAUGUAAUUGUUAUAAAUGUGGGUCAUCAACAAGUUUUAUGCAAGCGGAAAAGCAUGUCUGGCUCUACUAAGUAAAAUCAUCCAUCAAUUUUUUCGAUCAUGUAAUACAGAGAGUUUUCUUAAGACUUUCCUGGUUUAUUACU